AUGGGGGAUGGAGCCGCCGGUGCCACUGGAGGAAAUGGGGUGAACAAGUCCCACGUCCUCUUUGACAACUUCGUCCAGGCGUCCACGUUCAAGGGCACGCUCAAGGCCUUCCAGGAGCUGUGUGAGCACCUGGAGGUGAAGCCCACCGAGUCCAGAAUCUUCUAUCACAAGCUCAAAUCUAAACUCAACUACUGGAAGGCCAAGGCUCUGUGGGCGAAGUUAGACAAGAGGGCGGGCCAGAAGGAGUACAAGAAGGGCCGUGCCUGUGCCAACUCAAAGUGUCUGAUCAUUGGUGCGGGACCAUGUGGCUUACGCACAGCCAUCGAGCUGGCCUUCCUGGGGGCCAAAGUGGUGCUGCUGGAGAAGAGAGACGCCUUCUCCCGGAACAAUGUGCUGCACCUUUGGCCCUUCACCAUCCAGGACCUCAGGGGCCUCGGGGCCAAGAAGUUCUACGGGAAGUUCUGUGCUGGUGCUAUCGAUCAUAUCAGUAUUCGUCAGCUUCAGCUCAUGCUGCUAAAAGUGUCUCUCCUGUUGGGCAUUGAGAUCCACGUCAACGCCGAGUUCAAGGGUCUCAUCGAGCCCCCGGAAGAUCAAGAAGGUGAAGGGAUAGGUUGGAGAGCUGAGGUCCACCCCAGGACACACCCUGUCAAUGAGCUGGAGUUUGAUGUCAUCAUCGGAGCAGAUGGAAGGAGAAACACGCUACCAGGGUUUCGACGUAAGGAGUUCAGGGGCAAACUCGCCAUCGCCAUCACUGCUAACUUCAUCAACAGGAACACAACGGCUGAGGCCAAGGUCGAGGAGAUCAGCGGGGUGGCCUUCAUCUUCAACCAGAAGUUCUUUCAGGACCUCAGAGAAGCAACAGGUAUUGACCUGGAAAACAUCGUCUACUACAAGGACGACACGCACUACUUUGUGAUGACUGCCAAAAAACAGAGCCUGCUGGAGAAAGGAGUCAUUCUGCAUGACUACGCAGACACAGAGAUGCUGCUGUCCAGGGCGAACGUGGACCAGGCCGCGCUGCUCUCUUAUGCCCGCGAGGCUGCAGACUUCUCCACCAACCAACAGCUGCCCAAGCUGGACUUCGCCAUCAACCAUUACGGCCAGCCCGACGUAGCCAUGUUCGACUUUACCUGCAUGUACGCCUCAGAGAACGCCGCCAUGGUGCGCCAGCGCAACGGCCACAAGUUGCUGGUGGCGCUUGUAGGUGACAGCCUGCUAGAGCCCUUCUGGCCCAUGGGCACUGGCAUCGCGCGAGGAUUCCUGGCAGCCAUGGACUCCGGCUGGAUGGUGAAGAGCUGGGCUCAGGGAAAAACUCACCUCGAGGUUCUGGCUGAGAGGGAGAGUAUUUAUCGUCUGCUGCCCCAGACCACGACAGAAAACAUCAGUAAGAACUUCAGUCACUACAGCGUGGAUCCCACCACACGUUACCCCAACAUUAGCCUUAACUUCCUCAAGCCCAGCCAGGUGAGGCAUCUGUGCGACACGGGAGAAACCGGGGAAAUGCGCAUCGAAAUAGAGAACGUGAUCAACUCCUCAACCCCCAAGCUGGCCAGGAAUGACAAUUUUCUGCUUGACAAGCAGCUGCAAGAAUCCAUAGCUCGAUCCAGUAAGCUGCUGAACUGGUGCCAGAGACAGACGGAGGGCUACAGGAAUGUGAAAGUAACAGACCUCACCAUGUCUUGGAAGAGCGGUCUGGCCUUGUGUGCGCUCAUACACCAAUACAGACCUGAUCUCAUUGACUUUGAUUCCCUGGACGAGCGAGACCAGGAGAAGAACAACCAGUUGGGUUUCGACGUGGCGGAGCGGGAAUUUGGCAUCUCGCCCUGCAUGACUGGCAAAGAGAUGUCCUCUGUGGUGGAGCCCGACAAGCUCUCUAUGGUCAUGUACCUCAGCCAGUUCUACGAGAUGUUUAAGGACACAGUGCCACCCGGAGAUAACCAGAACUUGAGUCCAGAGGAGAAGGCAGCACUGAUAUCCAGCACCAAGUCUCCCAUCUCCUUCUUCAGCAAACUCGGUCAGAGCAUAGCAAUUUCCAGGAAACGAAAUCCCAAGGAUAAAAAGGAGAAGGAUGUUGACGGUUUGGGGAAGAGAAGAAAAACGAGCCAGACUGAAGAGGAGGAGGUAUCCAGGAGCGGCCGUGAAGACAGGUCAGCCGUCCUGUCGGAGAGAAAGAUGGACUCCUGCGCCGGGGGGAACCACAACAAAGUCAAGGUCAUGGCCACUCAGCUGCUCGCCAAGUUUGAGGAGAACGCCCCGCAGCCUUCAGGACUAAAGAGACAGGGCUCCCUCAGAAAAGAGUUCCCAGUCAACCUUGGUGGCAGCGACGUUUGCUUCUUCUGUCGUAAGCGUGUGUACGUGAUGGAGCGGCUGAGUGCGGAGGGGAAGUUCUUCCAUCGCAGCUGCUUCAAAUGCGACUACUGUGGCACCACGCUACGACUGUCCUCCUACGCCUUCGAUGUGGAGGACGGGAAAUUCUACUGCAAACCUCACUACUGUUACCGUCUGUCUGGUUAUGCUCAGAGGAAGAGGCCUGCUCCCUCGCCGGCUCCCAUCACUGCUAAGGACCACCAGGAACCCAGAUCUCCCACAGCGACCGUAGAUGCUCCCGGCAGGGCGAUGGCAGCAGCAGCCCCCUCGGCCGACCUCCAGCCUUCAGUACCGGAGGUCAACGGCCUGCAGGAGCCCAGCCUGGCAAAACGUCUGCGGGGAACUCCGGAGCGCAUCGAGCUGGAGAACUACCGUCUGUCCCUGCAGAAGGAGGAGGAGCUGGAGGAGGUGCCCGAGGAGACGCUGGCAGAACACAACCUCAGCAGCGUGCUGGACAAGGGCACAGACGCUGACGACCUGGGCUCCAGCAGCUCCGAGUCAGACAUGGAGGAGGAGGACGAGCAGGAGGAUCAGGAUCAAGACCAUUACCAUGAUCAGGAUCACUAUCACUAUCAGGAUCAGGAUCAGGUGGAGUUGGAGCACCAUCCCGGCAGCCCCUCGGACCUCGGCGGUGUUCCCUGGAAGGAGGCAGUGGAGCUCCACGCCAAACUGCGGGGCGAGGAGGGGGAGGGCGAUGCUCUCGGUGAUGCUGUCAGCCGAGACGGGGAGGUAGACGAGGAAGAGGAAGAAGAAGAAGAAGAAGAAGAGAGGAGGAGGAAGAAGAGUCAAGUGAUGAGGGGGAUUACUGCCCCUGGGAUAAAGAGCUCCAGUCAGGCCUUUGGCUGGAGAAGUACCUCACAGAUGAAGAGGAUGUUGGUACAUUCAAAGGUAGCAGCAGAACUGCCUGUGGAUGUGUUUGCUGUCACUUUGAGCGUGGAGUUUUAAUCCUGGCUGGCUUUGGAGUUUGACAAAAAAAAGUCUUUCUUUUACUUGGUUUUUUUUCCCGUUUGUGUUUUUUUUUCUUAGUAUUUGUGUUUCUUUGAGUCUCAUCCAAAUCUAACCUCCUGUUCACUCCUCUGUUUUUGGUUUUUCGCUUUAACACACUAAUCAGAUAAAUGUGUGAGAUUUUGUUGUGUUUCCCCUUCAGGUGUUGCAGUUAUUGUUUGAUAAUAAGUGGCAAGAAAUAUUCUGCUCAACAAAUGGAUAUUAUUUCUUUCUUUAAUCUUCUAUCUUUUUGCAGUGUAGUGCAUGCAGCCUCCCUCCGCCUCGCCGAUCUGAUUAGAUUUGAUUGCAUCUGUAAUCUAAUUCUCUCUCUGCCUUUUCUUUUCCAUGUUUCCUGUUGUUCCAUCCUCUCCUCUUCCUUUACUCGAUGUCUCUAUCUGUCCUCCACAUCUUUCUUCCCUUUAUCUUUCUCUGAUAUCCACAAUCACACACACAACUCCUCCACCACCCCAAACACACACACACACACACGCUGCAUCAUACGGUGACACUGUCAUACAGCCAGGAACCUUCAGAUCCAACAAGUCCUGCAGCCUGUGGAUCCCCAGAACAUCCCAGGUUUGGUGAGAACACACCGGGACU